GUGGAUGCGAGAAAAAGGCCAGCAACAGAGUGACAGACAACACAGCCCCUGCCUCCGCGCCGCUCAGCGUAGUAGUGGAUAUCUCCUCUGUGAACGGGGAGCAGAGGCGAGCCAAACCGAGCCGCAUGCUCGCUGUGCAACAAGGCGACCAGGAGCAAAAUGGACCUCCGGACAGCAGCAGCAGUAGCAGCAGCAUCCAGUGAGGACCGACACAGUUUUUAGGGUCCUGUUACAUCCUGGAGGACUCACGGUCAUGACGAAAUAGAAACAUCAGUUGAGGCCCUCCAGCUGACCUCUGGGCCAAGUCCUGGGCUUUUUUGUUGGUGGGCCAACUGCACAGGGGUGUAUGUGAGUGCAAGGUAAUGAAAUCCAGUAUGAGGCACUGGCGGAGGCUGGUGCUGGUUGGAAUGCUGGCCUGGGUUCUCCUCUUCCUCGCCCUCUUCUCUUACUUCCUGGAUGCUCGUGUGAAUGAGCCCCUGACCUCUGUCGGCUCUUUACUCUUCGAGCACCCUGACACUCGUCGUCUGACCUCGAUACAGGCGUCCCAUCAGCAGCAUGCAGACCUGGGCUCCCGACCUGAACUGGCUUCCACCUUAACUACAACCAACCCUGGAGAUGAGCCAGAGCCGUCUGCCACCUCCACGACCCCGGGGCUCAGCCUGGAGGUGAGCCACAGUCCCAGCAGCGCUCCUGACGCCAUUUAUGUUAGCCGGGAGACCAGCCACCAGGACAGCCUGGACCCACAGAGCCUGGCUGCCUGGUCUUCCUUUGGUACAGAAAACGUGGGAUCUCACUCGGACCCUUCAGUCCAGAGUCGGGAGAGGACUUCUCAACACGGUGGGGAGGAGGAGGAGGAAGAAGAUGAGAAGGACAAUGAAGAAAAUGAGCAAGGACACAGAAUGAGGACUACAUCCGGCAGGAGGGUCGGUGAUGACUCUGCUAAUCUGGAGGAAUAUUACUUCUCCAAGUCGGCCUCUAUGUUGCAGCGGCUGUGGCGGGGUCGCGUGUCCGGCAACAUGCUGAGUCCUCAUUUGCAGCGCGCCGCGAAAGACUAUAUUAAUUCCAACAAAUUCCGUGUCUCCUACAAGGGGCAGCGCAGGACCAACCAGAGUGCUAAAGACGUGCUGUGUCAUAUGAAAGCCCUGGCCCGGCCCAGGACAGUGGACGGGUCGGAGGAGCCCUUCUCCUCACUCGGGUGGACUAGUUUUGUGCCUUCUACUCCCCUGGAGCAACUGCCAAGGCGGCAGGACCAGAGCAGCUACAAGACCUGUGCGGUGGUCGCCUCGGCUGGAUCUAUCCUGCGCUCAGGACUGGGCAAAGAGAUCGACACUCAUGAGGCAGUUCUACGGUUCAACGCUGCACCUACAGAGGGAUACGAGAGAGACGUGGGGAGCAAAACCACCAUCCGCAUCAUCAACUCACAGAUUGUGGCCCAUCCUAAGCAUCGAUUCAAAACAACCUCAAUCUACGAGAAUGUGACUCUGGUGGCCUGGGAUCCUGCACCUUACACCCUCGACUUACACAAGUGGUAUGACAGUCCAGACUUCAACCUUUUUGGUCCAUACAAGGAGCACCGCAAGCUCUAUCCAGACCAGCCCUUUUACAUUCUUCACCCCAGCUACGUGUGGGCACUCUGGGACGUGAUUCAGGGCAACACUCAGGAGAAUAUCCAGCCCAAUCCUCCCUCGUCUGGCUUCACGGGCAUCCUCCUGAUGAUGGCGCUGUGUGAGCAGGUGCACGUGUACGAGUUCAUUCCCUCCAUGAGGCAGACGGACCUGUGCCACUACCACGAGCGUUAUUAUGAUGUUGCCUGUACACUGGGUGCCUACCAUCCCCUCCUGUUCGAGAAGAGCCUGAUCCAGCGGAUCAACACGGGCACCGAGAGUGACCUCAGGAGGAAGGGACGGGUCACUCUUCCGGGCUUCAGCACCGUCGACUGUGACAUCUGAGAUAUGAAACCUGAGCCUCUGAGCCUGAACAUACACACACACUCUGGCCUUUUCUGGCUGAGUAAGGGAGAGGUGCAAUAAAGCCACUGGAGACAAGGAGGCUGGAGCAUAUAGGUUUUAAAUUAGACCCAUGAAGAACAUAAGCCAUAGCCCUCCAGGAAGGGAUCAACGUGGAGGCUUCUGAAAGAACUUGUCUCCACUGAGAUGGUUUACUAGACCAGAGACUGGCAGGAAGAGUCUCCGAGGUGGAGCUGGAAAAGACGUUUCUCUCUGCUUUAGCUGAGCCACGUUAGCUGUGGAGCUGACUAGGGUAGCAACAGAUCUGUUUUUAGAUAGACGAGUACAUUUUCAAUAACUGGGUGUGUUUCAUUGGUGUAAACUGUGUUUUUUAAAAGUACAGGUGGUCAUCCACUUAAAGGAAAUGCCACUGUUUAUAACGGGGGAUAUUUGUGAUUUUUUUUUUCUCCUUUUUUACUGGUCCAAAGGGUUGUGAAGCAAAGACGUCAUCCAUGCUGAAUGUCAUAAAUGCAACACGCACACACACACACACAAAUAUACACACAUUCACACAUAUACAUAGAGCAGCAACUCAUGCAGAAGAACGCACAGUGUGAAAGACAGCUUAGGCGUCUCCACAGAGAUGGAGUCAGGCUGUCACAGCAGUCAUGUUACUGUGUGUUUCAUCGCUCAGCAGCAGGUGUUCCUGUUUGACAUUCCUCUGAUAACUUCAUGUGCAAUCAGAAGUCGUUUCGUGUUUGUCACGAGGGGUUUAUUUCAAACUACUGAUGUUGUUGAGCUUAGUACAAAAUUACUCUCCUGCGCAUGCCAUUUUGCCGGCUCACUCCUACCAGUCUGUUGCUCCUUGUCCACACGUUUAGGAUGACUCCUCAUUCAGUGUCAAGAAGCCUGUCUCAGUUAAUAGCCCACAGGAAGUAAGGGCACUGGUUGUCCUUUUUUUUGGAUUCACCCUACCUGUAGUAACAUUUUUUACUGACAACGCAGUUAAAUCAAAGCAAACGGGGCCAAAAUGGAUCUUUAGAACAAACCGGUGCUCAGAACAGCCGUAACCCUGUGCCUGGUGGUCGACUGAACACUUUCCUCGGGUUGCCUUGUGACUGUUCAGGUACAUGCAGUACAUACUGUGGCAGGACUGCAGUAACAUGGAGUUUAAUUGCCGUGAGAGGUGUGGAGCAGUUGAUAUUGCUGAAGUGAGCUGUAUCAGGGGAUUCUUAGCUCUGCCUCAGCAAUCACCAGCCCCUGUUUUUGACGGUUCACUCUUUAUUGAAUGUAAUUUUACCACUGCGUGUAACGGCCAAACCCUCCCCCGAGCUCACCACUGCAGUAUGGGCUGCGUAUGUGCAGGGUUAUUUCUCUGUCAUGUAACAGCACGAAUCUCAUUUCCUACAACUACUAAUGUUUCAUACUUCCUGAAUCCUCUAAUAUUGGUCUGUACUCGUCCGCAGCUCAGAGUGGAGAUGGAAUUUGAACUGGUAAUAUCAGCAGAUUUUCUUUGUCUCCAGCUAGGAUGAUUUUUAUACAGUCAGUCAGUGCCACAUCUGUGGUUAUUGGUUCAGUGUUGAGAGGGAGGUUGGUUUUUGCUACAGACAGUCACAAAAAUCUUGCCUAUAACAGAGAUUUUUAUAGCUAAGUGUGCUAAUCUACAAAAUGUUCCUGUGCCAUUGGUUGUGGUUCUAUAUAAGAUGUGAAAACUUGUCUGAUGUAUAUUGAAUUAGAUGGUUCUGUAGUAGUUAUAUGUAGUAGAUGAUUAUGGGGCUUAACAUUACUUGUUGUUGAGUAGGGCUGGGUAUCACCCAAAAUGUGUCAGUACUUCUACAAACUAGUACUGUGCUGAUACCAAAUAAUAAUGCAUUUUUUAAAAAAAAAAAAAUUAUUUAAUUUUUUUUUUUCACAAGAACUUUUUAUAACUCAGGCAAUACCUGAUUAAAGGAAACAAACACCUGCCCAAGUAUUUUGCGCCAAUUUUUGAUACUUGACAGUCAGGGUGGGCAAUAAAGAUAAAAACGUCU